GAGGAGGCCAGCAGGAGAGUCGCUCCCCAGUAGAACCCGUUCCCCUUUGGGGACUGGAAUGGACCCCAGCAGGCCUGAGCGUCAGUAUCUCUGAAACCCACCAGGAGAGCACGUGUCUCACCCAUCCCGCGCCCCUCCAGUACUGGUUCAGGGAGGGUAUGUCGACACUGCAACUAGACCCCCCUGUGGCUGGCCUAUGCCAGAUGACUCCAGCUUGCAGGCUGGUUAAUUGCCCUGUAGAUAGUUGUUUGGGCUGUGACUGAAGGCUGAGCUCUGGGACCCUGCAAAGUGAGGGGGUCAUAGAGAUCGAGCUCCAGCUGGAGCCGGGAAGUCUACACAGUAAUGAAACAGCGCUUCCUCUAUGCAGUGGAGCCAACCCUGCUGAUGACCUGUUACUUGCUCUCCUAUAAUUUUAACCUCUGAGACUACCGUCAAGUUUUAUGCUUAAGGGGAAGCAGUGCCUGCUGCUGUCAGGAAUUGUAACCACCUACCAAAGAGAAAACUAGUGCAACUCCUUUGACUUCAGCAGAGCUGCAUUUGUAUGCAAUGACUGAAUCUGACCUCUGUUUUUAAGACAAUACCAACAGGACAGUCUUUUCGGCUAAUCUGGAAUUGUUGACAUACUUCCAUUUCCAGUUUGUUUAUAAAAUAGUUAGAUGGAAUUUAAAAUUGAACACACAUGGGACAGUUUACCAGUGAGUCAUGAGCCAGUAACUGUCAGGCUGAAGUCAGGCAGUGCAGGAUUGCUGAUGGAAGUAAGUGCUCCCUUCUUUAAUGAUCCUCCAGCACCACUUGGAGAGCCAGGAAAGCCUUUCAGUGGACUGUGGGACUACGAGGUUGUAGAAGCAUUUUUCUUGAGUGAGACAACUAAGCGGUACUUAGAAGUUGAACUCUGUCCCCAUGGACAACAUUUAUUGCUGUUGCUUUCUGGCAGAAGAAGAGUAUGGAAACAAGAACUUGCUUUAACAUUUGAAGUGUCCAGAACAGAGACCAAAUGGGAAGGCAGAGCUCAUCUCCCUUGGAGUUAUUUUCCACCAUGCACUGACAAGUUUAAUGCAUUUGCAAUUCAUGGAUCAGAAGCAAAGAGAACGUAUGAAGCACUUUACCCUGUGCCUCAGCAUGAAAUACAGAAAGGACAGAAACCGGAUUUCCAUCGCUUGGAAUUUUUCAAACAACUUAACCUGAAGGUGUUAAUGGGAGAAGAUUGGAAACAGCCUGAAUCAGAUCUGUGGAUGUCAACUGAUUAGAUAAAUGGAUAAAAAAAUUAGAUAUUUGAUAUGAUUCCAGAUGGUUGAAGCUAUAGGAAACAACCUCUUCAGCUAAACUGUGAUAAGAGCUUUAGUAUGCAUUUAUAAAUGUCAUAAAAAAUGAGAGUUUGAAAGCCUUUUUAAGCACCAAAAAAAGUCAAUCUUUUAAAAAGUCUAUUAUCUGCAGCAGUUGCAUCUAAAAAUCAUGGGAAAUGGUCGAAGCUUCUUUUGUAUUACCUCAUCAAGAUACAAAUGUGGAACUUGCAUGUUCAUGUAACAUGGAGGUGAGCCCAUUUAAGUCAUUCAGUCUAUGCCCUUGGGCCUGCUAGUUCAGAGAAAAAGAUACUCUAACUAGGGUUGUACAUCUAGGUUAUAUUUAUUCAGGUUAGAAUUCUUGGAAAAAUCCAAUGUUUGAGCUGGAAUAUCUCGGUUUAUACAGUAUAAUCUCCGCAUUUCUCCUUUACAUUGAGAGAUCUCCAAAUAUUUAGAGAGAUUUUUCACUGCUACAUGUUUUUUCAUAACUGUUGCCAUUGUGAUUCCUGUUACCACUGGUAAUUAAGUGAUACAUCUGUCCUAUUAACUGAAUCUUGAGCUUUUUCAUAGUAUUUAUGUAACAUUAUUUGACUUGUAUGUUAUGGAAUGCUGAUUCUACGAUGGGGUUUGUUAUAUUGUAUUUAACAACAAUUAUGACAUAACAGAGUUGCACAAUUAAUAAGGUAACCAAAAUAGAAUAAUUAUUCUUUCCUCAGUGUCUUGUUUUGGGGGAUGUAUAGUAUUCCUUUAUGUAUUAAAAAAUAAAAGUAAAAAAUAAAA